AUGACAAAUAAUUCUGAGACUCCAGUCGAGAGUGUAGGAACUUCAUCUCGUACUGUUUUUCAUCCGGAUGAUUACACUCAUCCAUGUCACCCACUUUAUGUUCAUCCCUCAGAUGUUUUGGGUGCUUCUCUAGUUUCUGUUCCUUUUGAUGGUUCUGGUUAUUCUAGCUGGCGUAGGACUAUCUUAGUAGCUUUGUCCGUUCGUAAUAAAUUUGAUUUCAUCAAUGGUUCAUCUGUCAAUCCACCUGCUGAGUCCCCUUUGGCAAGUGUUGAGUAUUCUGAGUUAGCCAAGGACAUUUGGAGUGAACUUGAGGAGAGAUAUGGAAAGGCUGAUGGAGCUAGGUUAUUUGAACUUAAGAAGGAGCUGGCACACAUAUCUCAAGGUUCACUAGACAUAGCAUCUUACUUCAAUACCAUAAAACAACUUUGGGAUGAUAUAUCUUCCAUUUCUGUCAACCAUUUGUCUGUUUGUACAUGUGGGGGUAACAAUAAAGUUGAGGAAGAACAAAGAGUUUAUCAGUUCUUGAUAGGUCUUAAUGAUACUUAUCUUCAAGUAAGGAGCAAUAUAAUCAUGAUGAAGCCCUUGCCCUCAAUGAACACUGUGUACAACAUUCUUUUGGCUGAUGAGAAACAGAGACAAGUUUCCUCUGCAUCUCAUUUCAGCAACAAUUCUGCCUCCUUUAAUGCUGGGUAUUGCAAGAAACAAGGGCAUGCUAUUGACAAGUGCUACAAAUUGCAUGGCUUCCCUCCCAAUUUCAAGUUCACUAAAGGGCCUGGUCCUAGAAAAGCAGCUGCACAUGUUGUGGUUGAUCACUCUGGUGAUGUUGGGAUUCAUAGUAGCACUGUUGGACAGAAUGUUGGACAACCUGAUUCUUCCCAAGCCUCUGCAAUCCCUGGUUUAACUAAAGAUCAGUACUCUCAACUCAUGAUGUUUCUGCAACAGUCUCAUAUUUCCACUACAUCUUCUCCUCCUACACUCAUGGCAUCUGCUAAUUUUGCUGGUAUACUUCUGCCUAAGAAUAGUUCAGUUAGAACUUGCCUGCUUACUAAAAUAGACAAUGUUAUUUGGAUUAUAGAUUCUGGAGCCUCGGAUCACAUGACAUCUGAUAAAUCUCUUCUUUUCUACAUAGAAACACUAUAUGUUCCUUACCUAGUGUCUCUUCCAAAUGGUUACAAAGUUAAAGUUCAUAAUGUAGGUUCUUUGGCUUUAUUUCCUGAUCUCAUUCUUCAUAAUGUGCUUUACAUUCCUAGUUUUAAAUUCAAUCUCAUUUCUGUGUACAAACUUGUUGCUAAACCUGGUCACAUGAUUCAGUUUAUCAACACUGGCUGUACUUUUCAGGGCCCUUCUCUGAAUAAGCCAGUGGUACUUGGUAGACCUGACAGUGGAUUGUACAAGCUGUUUCAACUCCCAAUGGUUUCAAAUUCUUUAUUUUCUAAUUCAUCUUUACCUUCUGUUUCUCCUAGUAAUGAUCCAACUGUUGUUCUUUCUAAUAACUGUUCUGGUGUUCCUGGUAGUAGUACAAGUUUAUCUCUUAGUUCUGCUGAGGUGUCUGAUGAUGUACAUAUGAAUAAAGUGAAUAAAGAUGAUGUUAUUUGGCACUAG